GUCCUUCACGGUUCUCUCCCUUCAUACUUUCGUAUGUUUUUCCGCCGUUUCUCUCCUCCCUAACGUUCUUGUCCUUCAUCGGUCUCUCCCUCCACUCUUCCGACCUAAACCCAACACCACACCUCCACUGCCUCUGGCCGAAACCGACCAACUCCCAGCAAACCAUUCCCUUAAUACUCGGUGAAUUUCGCAAAUUCUCUCCAUCUAACGGUUGGAUAUAGUCGAAUCAAAGGUGAAAAAAGUAAAGGAAAUGGCUGAGGGAGAUGAGGAUUUGCCAAGGGAUGCAAAGAUUGUGAAGUCACUGCUGAAAUCAAUGGGUGUCGAGGACUAUGAACCCCGUGUUAUACACCAAUUUUUAGAACUGUGGUAUCGAUAUGUUGUCGAUGUAUUAACUGAUGCACAGGUGUACUCAGAGCAUGCUGGUAAGGCUGCCAUAGACACUGGUGAUGUCAAGCUUGCUAUCCAGUCAAAAGUCAAUUUUAGCUUCUCUCAACCACCACCAAGAGAGGUCUUACUGGAGCUGGCUCGAAACCGGAACAAAAUACCAUUGCCGGGGACAAUAGCUGGGGCUGGUAUUCCUCUCCCACCUGAGCAGGAUACGCUGAUCAGCCCCAACUACCAACUUGCAAUCCCAAAGAAGCAACCUUCCCCAACAGUUGAAGAAACCGAGGAGGAUGAAGAGCUUGUUGAUCCCAAACCCUCGCAAGAACAGAGGACAGAUAUGCCACAGCAUACUCAAAGGGUCUCCUUUCCCCUCAUGAACCGUCCAAAAUGAAAACUUUAUGAACUAUGUAGGAGCAAUUAGAUCCAUUGUCUGAAGAUAUUGGAACCAAAAAAAAAAAAAAAAUAUGCAUCUUCUUUAAUGUUGAUCUGUUCGAAGUGACUUCUCGAUAGUGAAGAGGCUGGUAAAGUGCAAUGUUACAAAAAAGUGGGAAACAUUCAAAUUGAGCAUACUGAUUACUGUAUUCAAGAGCUGCGGAAAGAACCCAUUUGUAAAUGGAUGCCUAAGACUUGUUUGCCAAGGGGCUCUAAAUGAAAUUACUUGCUUCCUUGUAUAAAU